AUGACCACCCAAACUCAAGAGAGGUUCUCUGCUGCCACCAAAGCUGACUAUUUUCCCGUCCAGCCGAGUGCUAUCUAUCAUGAACCCACCGAUGAUUUCCUGACCGUCGAUGGUAUCUGCCACACACCCCGACCUCACUGUUUGGCUGAACUCAAGCGAGUCCUUGCCAAGCAUGCUACAUCUCCUAGUACACCGUCUAUGCGUAUCUGGGUCUACAUCGCCCGGGCCAUUCUCGGUGAGCCCGUUGAGCAGGAGGAACAUGUGCUGGCACCUGAAAAUGGAGCUGAUACAACCGAGGUCAUGACUGGUAACGACCAUCCCUUGCUCUCGCUCCCAGCGGCUGUCUGUGCGCCUCUUUGGAGCAUCAAGUCAGCGGGAAUCUUCCAUCCCGACUGGAUACAAGAGGCGCUCGGUAUCAUCAUCUCACGAGCGUCUGGAUCUUUGUUUGAUCCCUGCGUGGCUGUCACUCGGUCUAUAGACCCAGAAAGUAGGCUCAACCAAGUCAGCGCCAUGACGGGACUAGGAAAACUUCGAGUCAGCAAUCUGUCCACUGGAGGGCUAAGCGGGCUCUUCUACUUGGCUCUCACCAGCCCGGAAGAGAUGACUGAGGAGGCUCGUGCUGUCACUGCCUUCUAUUAUGGUUUACCAUAUGCAGACGAGCUCAGCGUUUGCGACCAAGGAGGACAAUGGGCCCAUCUUCCAAAUCUAGCUGGCCCAAUACUUGCAGCAGAAAAAUUGUUAAGCGGACCUCGCCCGGAGAUCUUUGAGCUUGUACUGUUCAGUUACCAUUGCUGCACAAUAGACUCUAAAACCCCACCUUUUUCGUCCAACUACUCCAUCUCUACCUUGUUCCUCGCUAGGCCAUACGACUCUAUUCUUGCAUCGUUUCUUGACUGUAUGAAAGCUCUAGACCCACUUUCUAUCUUUGGGACCCGUGCUGCUGCCUGGGGAACUUGUUUCUCGAACGACAUCUUCGAUUACGUGAAUGACCAGAAGUCGAGCAGGGCACUCAAUCUCUGCUGGGCGGUAGGCACUUGGGACGGGCCCAUCAUCUGCGCUCGAAUGUUCCGUGGCUGCCUCCUUGCCAACGCGCGGAUCGCUCGUGAAGCUCCCGCUUCCCUCUUCGGUCUCUUGUUGAUGGAGUUCGUCUAUCUCUACACUGCGCGGUAUUGCUACUGGGUCAUUUCGCAGAAGUGUGAUACUAAUAUUCCGUUGGAUGACACUUACAUUUCAUGCGCAUUUGAUGAGAUCCCUUCUCCUGAUACUCCUCCUGUCGGUGGAUUCCGUGCAGCAUUGCGUGCAGCCUUUGCGGCGUCGCUUCCUGAUGGCUGCAAUGGACAUUCCGAGGUGCCUGACAUCACCUCCAACAAAAGCGGCCAGUCUCUUCCCUCGUGGCAAGGUCUAGCUGCUACAAAAUGUGAAUGGGAUAAUCCGCAUAAGAACUUCGAUAAUCUAGCUAUGGGAGCUACCCAUGAGAUCCUGGCUUGUCUUGACCGUGGUGUCUAUAAAUCCUCACGUGAACUCUACGACUCACACCUUGCAUGGAUGAUCCGUCAGUACGACAUCAUGGUGGAAUGUGGUAGAGAUAAUUUAGCAAUCGGACGUUACUACGUCUCCCAUCUGUUGAAGUAA